AUGACUGUAACCAAGGUUCCCUUCCCCUCCCCAGCUACGCUGAAGAAGUUUCCCCAUGUUCAUGAUGCCCCAUCUACUCUGUCCCACACUUUGGAUCCCUUCACUAUCACCACUACUACUGGUUUCCUUCCGUAUGCCACUGCCCCUGUGGAUAUUCCUGCUUCCUUCAAGACUCUGCAGUCCCUAGUGGAACGUCUGCCUGUCGUUAGGGCUGAUGGGACCCCAGGUCUACUGGCCACAUACGAGCUGGGGCCUGCUGUCAAGGCCGAGCUCACCGACAUGACAGAUGAGGUUGAGAAACUUGUCAUGCCUGACGGAACCCCAGACCGCUUUACUCUUACUGCUGUCUUCCGGGACUAUACCUUCUUGGCAUCGUCGUACCUGCUUGAGCCUUGCUGGGAGAAUUGGUGCAAGAACCCAGACCAGGGUUAUGGACUUGGUCGGGACAUGCUGCCUCAGUCAGUUGCUCGCCCUAUGUACCUCUGUGCUCAGAUUCUGGACUUGCCUCCAUUCAUGUCUUAUGCUGCUUCAUAUGCUCUCUUCAACUACAACUUUACUGAUCAUGCAAAAGGACUGGGCGAAUACUCUAACCUUCGUCUGGUCCGUGCCUUUGAGCGUGGUCAUGACCCCAAGAGCUCCGAGGCUGGUUUCAUCUUGACCCAUGUUGACAUGGUCAAGGAGACUGGAGCACUCAUCAGCGGUACCCUCAGGGUAGUUGACACUCUUGAACAGCAUGGUCCUCGCUCAUACAUCAAUGCCGGAUUCCGUGAGAUCCUUACUGCCAUGGAAAAAAUUGAGGCCUCGAUGGAAGACAUGUGGGCCAACUCUAAGCCAUCCGAGUAUCUCUCUUUCCGCGUGUUUAUCUUUGGCAUCACAAACCAGUCCAUGUUCCCGAACGGUGUGAUCUACGAAGGUGUUGAGGAAAACAAGCCUCUCUUCUUCCGCGGGGAAAGCGGUGCAAAUGACAGCAUAAUUCCCCUUCUUGAUCACCUGUGCCAGAUCCCCAUGCCAUCAACCCCUCUUACAAAGAUCUUGCACGAAUUCCGCGCUUACCGUCCGCUCCCGCACCGCGAGUUCCUGACUUACAUCCGCGAAAAGUCAGACCAUAUCGGUGUGCAGAACUACGCAGUGCAGGAUUCGGAGACAACGGUGCUCUUCUUGCAGACUUUGAAUCACAUUCGUAGCUUCAGAUGGCGUCACUGGCUCUUUGCGCGCGAGUACAUCAUUCGUCGUACACCGCACCCGACUGCCACUGGCGGCAGCCCUAUUGUCACAUGGCUCCCUAACCAGCUCUCUGCCGUUAUGGACCUCAUGGUCACUAUCUAUGAUACUCAUCUUGCUCCUAAAGAUGGCGUCGCCUUCGUGGAUGGACAAGAAGAUCUGAUCGCUUCGCACCGAAAACAAGUGGAGCCGAUGAUGGAGCUUGUGCGUAAUCAAAAGGAAAAGCUGGCUAAGGAGGUGGAGAAGUGGUGCCAGGAACGGGGAGUUUAA